CAUCGUUCAAACGAAGUAACGAAUUUCUGAGGCCAGGAAAUACCACCCUCCAUUGGUGCAGAGACUAUAGGGUGGUUAUGCGCAACGCGUAUACGCCGACGACGUCGCUCUUCAUGAGAGUGGCGUUCCGCACUACAUGAUAAUCACGAAUGAACAUGCUCACGCAAUUCGUGCCAUCUCCAUAGCUUUGAACGAAAACAAAACGCGGCAUUGAUCGACCUAUCUUUACGAGUCUUCAGCCUUCAGAAUCCUGGAGUCAUGUGUGGCUAUAAAUGCCUUUUGAGUCGGGUUCUGAGAAACCGCCUUUUCAGAGAACUCCCACUCGAUUUAAAAAAACGGAGGUUGAUAAGGUCACGAAUCUUCUGGCUUUUUCCCGAGCUAUAUUCAGUUCCAAUGGAGUUGUACUUGAUACACUCAUGGUUUGAAAUGGCACCUCGUGCAAUCGUUCUUGGACUAAUGGCACCACCAGUAUGGCACAGUAUGGCACCCGCGUCGACCACUGCACGCCAGCUCAGUAGGAUGCGGACUGCGCCGAUGCUCCUUCGUUCUUCCAAGCUAUCCCACUAUUUAUAUCUCUCGGGGGGGUCAAUCACAGCCCUGGAAAGGGAAAAAUUACCCAGGAGAUAUACACAACUUGUCUUAUCCAGCUCUCCUUCAGGCGGCCAACGCAAGGACUAUAAUUUCCCGGUCAAAUACUUGAUGGAAAUAGGGUUCUUUUCAUCCUCGCUCGGUCUUGAAGCCCGACCGAAUAAUAACCAGGGCACCGCGCAGUACAUCACAUUCAUAUCCAGAGACCCAUCGCCCUGAUAAGAACCCUCUUGUUACGGGGCGCAUCCUCCCCUCCCCACCUCUCCCAAGCCUUCGCGGGUGUGCUUGAAAACCUUCGUGCUAAGAAAUAAUGUCCACACCGAAUCCGGAACGUUCAGAACCUGGAUCAUCGGAGAUUGUAGGUUAACCUCCCGCUGCCACCUCCUGGCAAGCAGCUCACCUGAGACCC